GACUUGGGAAACGGACUUGGGAGGAGACCCGGAGGUGUUCGUGAAGGGGAAAAUUUACAAAACUCCUAUUCGUUUAGAUCUCGGAAGGGGACUGGAAAUGUUUGUAAUUCUCUCCUGUCAGCAAGGAGAGUGGAAGAAAGCGAUGCUGCAGCUCUUCCCAGUUCAAAACGAAACAGUGUUUGCAAUAAUGGAUCAUCCAAAAAGCCUGCUACUAGCUCAGCCCGACAAAAUAGCUGUGAAUCUAAUACUGAAGUGUCAAAUGAAGAACUAAAGCAACAACUUCAGGAAGCUUUAGAGGAAGUUGAAAUUUUGAAAGUUGAGCUUGAAGCGACACAAAGACAGCUUGAAGGAAAAGAUGAAGCCCUAAGAAUUCUGCAGAGCAUGGCAGUAUUUAAUAAAGCUACUAGUCAUACAAAAGCAAUGCUUCAAAAAAGUGAGGAAGAAAAGAGAACUUUAGAAAAGGAAAUAAAUAUUUUGCAAUGGGAAAUUGAAUUUGAUCAGGAUAGAUUUAAAAACAUAGAAGACACAUGGACAGAAAAAUAUGACAGGAUAUAUUGUGAAAAUGCAGCUCUUAAGGAAGCAUUGAAACUGAGAACAGAAGAAGUUAAAACUCUUAAAGCUGAAAAUGGAAUCCUGAAUCAGCAGUGCUUGGAAUUUCUUGCAAUGCUAGAUGUGAAACAACAGAAGGUUGUUCAGGAAAACAUGUCCUUGAAUAAAAGUGACAUUACAGAUCUUACAGGUCUUGAACUGGCAGUUCUUGGAGCCUGCACCUGCAAUAAUUCUGGGGGGCAACCUUGUCCCUGUGCUAAAAUGGCAGCUGUAACUCGAAAGCAACUUCUCCAUCUCAAGCAAGAGGUUGAAAAUCUGAAGAAGAGUAAAGAUGAAGCUUACAUAAUGGCAGAUGCCUUCAGAAUUGCAUUUGAGCAGCAGCUAAUGCAGAGGAAGGACCAAGCCCUGAGGCUUGCAGAAGUGAUAAAGAUUAAGAAGCAAACAAAAUUUAUGAACUGGAGACGUCUGAAAGAUGAUGGACGUGUCAAGUUACAAGGGAACAAGAACAGUCUGGGACAAAAACUAUCCAGCCUGCUGUCAUCAGGUGCGGACUGCAGAAAAGUUGAACAGGUUGACAAUCCUCAUGAAAUCCUGAAGAUGUUAAUAGAUUUGGUAAAUGACAAAGAGGAGGCUCUUGCUCAUCAAAGAAAAGUUAGUUAUAUGCUAGCUCGUGCAAUGGAGACUAAGGAGGAUGUUUUGGAACAGGAUAAAGGAAAAGGCACGCUGGGGAGUCGUCAGCACGAAGCCCAGGGGUCAUCGGGCCCCGUACGUACCUGCUGCCAAAACCUCUGUUCUCAAAACAGUGUUUCUUCAGUUCCUGAUGCAAAAGCAUUCAAAAAUCGGGUAAAAAUGCUUCGAAAAUCAUACUCCUGGCCAUCGGCGACAACACACUGUGAGGAAAAUAAUCCACAUGGAAAAGCAGAUGAAACGGUAGUGAUCUCUAUAUAG